ACAACAUUGGGCGCGGAAACAAACUCGCGCAGAUUUUAUUACUAGUAUUAUUAUUAUUAUUUUAAACCUAUAGCGUAAUUUCCUCGCUGUGAUAUUAAUUAUUCUAGGUAUUGAAAGUAUAUAUUUAAUGGUCGGUGUUUGUAGUUUCGGUCUUUUCCUGAGUUUAAGGUUUUUGGGCCCGCACGAGGACACAAUGGUGACACAAUGGUGACAAGUUAGCAUCGUUAGCUAACGUUUCUAUUCGCCUCAGACUGAAUAACAGGGACAUAAAUAAUAAUAAUAAUAAUAACAAUAAUAGUGAUAAAUGUCGGGGUUUAACUUUGGAGCAACUGCCCUGGGCUCUGCUAACACUGGGGGCUUUUCCUUUGGAGCAGCAGGCAGUGCUCCUGCUGCAGCAUCCGGGGGCUUCAGCUUCGGUGGUCUGGGUGCAGCCCCGUCCAGCACCAACACUACAACCACCACCACCACCUCAUCCCUGGGCCUCGGUGGCAACCUGUUCGCCCAGAAACCGGCAACUGGGUUCUCUUUUAACACACCUGCCUCAGGGGCUGUUGCACCAUCCACCGGCCUCACCUUAGGAACUCCCGCCACCACUUCUGCUCCAACCGCGGCCUCCACCGCAGGUUUCGGAUUUGGUUUUGGAAAGCCGGCGGCUUCGGCGAGUCCGUUUUCUUUGAGCACCUCCAGCACCUCCACGGCCCCUGCAGCUACUGGUCUAACUUUGGGCUCCGUCAUCACCUCAUCAGCACCUCAGAGUGGAUUAUCUUCAGGGUUCUCACUCAACCUGGGAGGAGGAGCCGUUUCCUCCGCUCCACCCACCGGGCUCAGCCUAGGCUCCUCGCUUUUUUCCAGCUCAACAGGUCUUGGGCAGUCGACUCUGGGUGGAGGUCUGACUUUAGGUGGUUUGCUCUCGGCCUCCACGGCAGCUACGGCUCCUGUCGCCCAGGUGCCUAGUGUGGGGUUGGGUGGAGUCGACUUCAGCACUUCAUCAGAGAAAAAGAGCGAUAAAUUAUCUGGUGCUCGACCAGAAGACAGUAAAGCGCUGAAGGAUGAAAACCUGCCUGCUCCGAUCUGUCAGGAUGUCGACAACUUCCAGAGGUUUGUUAAGGAGCAGAAGCAGGUUCAGGAGGAGAUCAGUCGCAUGUCCUCUAAAGCCAUGAUGAAGGUUCAGGAGGACAUUAAGAGCCUGAAGCAGCUCCUGUCUGUGAGCGCCAGCGGCCUGCAGAGGAACGCUCUCUCUAUAGACAAGCUGAAGAUGGAGACAGCGCAGGAGCUGAAGAACGCUGACAUCGCACUGAGGACCCAGAAAACUCCUCCUGGACUUCAACAUGAGAACACGGCUCCCUCAGAUUAUUUCCGAGGCCUGGUGGAGCAGUUCGAGGUGCAGUUACAGCAGUACCGCCAGCAGAUUGAGGAACUGGAGAACCAUCUAACCACACAGAGUAGCGGUUCUCACAUCACCCCUCAAGAUCUGUCUCUGGCCAUGCAGAAGCUCUACCAGACGUUUGUGGCUCUGGCUGCGCAGCUGCAAGUCGUCCAUGAGAAUGUAAAGACGUUGAAGCACCAGUACCUGAGCUACAGAAGAGCUUUCCUAGAAGACUCGACGGACGUGUUCGAGUCGAAGCGAUGCGCCAACCGGAAACUGCAGAGUUCCCCGAGAGUCACCACCGGCCCUACGCCCUUCGGCUCUGUCCCAAACGCCGCCGCCGUUGCCAUGGCUGCCACGCUCACACAGCAGCAGCAGCCUGCUCCAGGAUCUCAGGCGGGUUUUGGCACUCCCUUUGCCUCGAGCAUGGGCACUAGUAUGGGCUCCAGCAGCCUCGGAGCUUUUGGUAGUGGCCCGGCGUUUGGCGCCUCGGCGACAGGAGGCUCGGCGUUCGGUUUUUCUGCUAACAAGCCGUCUGGAGGGAGCUUAAGCGCAGGGUUCGGAAGCUCUAGCACCUCUGGGUUUAACUUUAGUAACCCGGGAAUCAACGCGUCGGCCGGUCUGACCUUCGGAGUGUCCACGACGCAGAGCGCGGGCUUCGGCACCGGAGUCCUACAGCUGAAAAAACCUCCAGCAGGCAACAAGAGAGGCAAAAGAUAGAACAGAACAGCAGGUCAAGUGAUGGAUAAAGGGACGUAAAAGAGUUUCAGGCCACAGGGCGUGAAGAUUAUCGACUGGUAUUUGUGAUGGAUGCAGUUUAAGGACAAGAGUGUGUGUGUGUGUGUGUGUGUGUGUACACAAGCAUUCAUAUAAUGUUUGAGAAGUAUCAUUUAAAGAGCACUGACAUGACUCUUUUAUGUAGAGAAUGUCUGCAGAUGGUCAUUUUGUUUUUGUCUGUGCUUUGUUCUGGUGUACAGCAUGUCCUUGGUCUGUCCUUGCCCUGUCCUUGCCCUGUCUUUGCCCUGUCCAUCACUUCAAAACGUCCUCUGUUUUGUCUCAGUAUGUUCUAAUAAAUGAUAAUGUUCAGUAUUUUGGCCCUGAUUUGUCUUGCAUUGCUGUUUUGUUGUUGUUUUUCCUUUGUUUUUUUUUCCUGAGGUUACCAAAACGUUUUCAAUACUUUAUGUGCAAACUUUAAUAAAAAGCUUUAUUAAUAAAAAAAGAAACUUA